CACGGCUGACUUGAGAUGCCAUUAAAAGAAGGAGCCACCAUGACAUCAGAAAUGCAGGAAAUUGCCAUCACAGAGGAGAAGCCUUUACUCACGGGCCAGGCUGAUGCUGCCAAGGACACUGCUGAAUUGGCUGCCAGGAUACUCCUGGACCAAGGCCAGGAGCACGUCGUGGAGACCCCGCAAGGCGUCCUGCGCGUCACCCUCCACGGAACGCGGACCACCCGCAGGCCCGCCAUCCUGACCUUCCACGACGCGGGUCUGGACAGUAAGAGCUGCUUCUCGCCUCUGUUUAAAUUCGAGGAGAUGCAGGAGAUCGUCAAGAACUUCACGCUGAUCCACAUCGACGCUCCGGGCCAGGAGGAGGGGGCCUCCGCCUACCCUCCGGGCUACCAGUACCCCUCCAUGGAGACCAUCGCAGAGAUGAUCCCCGCUGUGCUGCAGUUUUUCAACUUCCGGACCGUCAUCGGCGGGGGGGUGGGAGCGGGAGCUUACAUCCUCUCCAAGUUCACGGUGAAACUCUUCCUCAUGAGGGCCCACGGACAGAGGAGAGAUGGCCUCUCCGGUGUGGCCGACCAGCAGCAUGCGAAAGAGGAAGAUUGGCAGAAAGCAUCAGGAGCAAAGCCUCAAGAACAAGAGGAGGAAGUCGACAUCGACCUGGAGGCGCCGGAGACAGAGAAGGCAGCGCUCGCCAUCCAAAACCAGUUUAGGCGCUUCCAGAAAAAGAAGAAGUAG